AUGCUCACGGGGCUGCUGCCGAACGGGACAGCCACGUGGAGCACCUCAGACACCAACACUCACGCAGGCGCCGGCGCCGGCCCGCCAUCCUUCCUGCCCCGGCUGGUGCUGGAGCGAUGCGUGCUGCGCAGGUUCACGGCCAGCCAGGCGCGGCAGUGCCUGGCCGGCCGCCCCCUGGUGUUCAUCGGGGACUCGUUGAGCAGGUACCAGUAUCUCAGCCUCGUGAGCUUCCUGGACCGGGGGUCCUGGCCUCGCGUGAGCCAGCACCCCAGCCUGGUGCACCUGCACCAGUGGGGCGCAGACAAGAUGCUGUCGGGCAAGAAGUCUGCCCAUAAGGACAAGAAGCUCGAGUACUUGCGAGGCUCCACCGACGCCUUUGGCAGCCGCAUGCGGUGCGACUGCUCAAUAGCCAAGGACUGGUUUGAGUCUCGGACGUAUGAACACCAGAAGCACAACAUCACAGCACACUUCAUGUGGUGGCGGGGCUGGCCAGAGGGGCUGGAGGGCCACUGGGGCCACCCGCCCUUCCUCAACGCCACCCCCUGCCACCCCUCCAUCUGCGGCAUGCAUGGAGAGGAGUGCCCGCCUGGGCAGUGCAGCCCGGUGCCCGACUGGAGCAUGCCGCUGCCAGAGGCGCUGCGCCAGGUGGUUGCCCAGCUGAGGCCUGCUGCCAUCCUGCUGAACGCCGGCCUGUGGCGCAACCAUUUCCACUUCCAGCCCUGGCCCCCAGCCUUCAGCCGCGCGGUGGCCAGGGCGGCGGUGGAGGCGGUGGCGCCCCAGCGGGGGAUGGCCCUGUGGCGCACCACCACGCCCUCCACGCGCUUCAGCAUCAGCCGCAGCUGGGACGGCGACUUCCUGGGGGCGGCGGCCAGCGAGCGGCGCCUGAUGGUGCUGGAUGCCUGGGAGCUGGGGCGCCCCCUGCUGGCCUUCGACCCGCUGCCCUUCUUCGACCGCAGCCACCCGUGGCCCGAGUUCUACACAGAGCUCAACACGGUGCUGCUCAACAUGCUGUGCUGA